GGGGAGGGAGUCGAGGGGAGCACGCGGGCCGGAGGAGGGGCGGACCCGCCUGCUCCGCCCGCCCGCGCCGAGCCGAGCCGAGCCGAGCGGCCCGGGCUGGGCGCGACCCCGGCCGGCGGCGGCGCAGAAAGCGGGCAGAGGCGCGGGCCAUGCUUCGGCUGGCGCCCGCCGGGGCCCGGACCAUCGUGGACAUGUCGUACGCCCGCCACUUCCUGGACUUCCAGGGCUCCAACAUCCCCCGCGCCAUGCAGAAGCUGGUGGCGACCCGUCUGAGCCCCAACUUCCGCGAGGCCGUCACCCUGUGCCGGGACUGCCCGGUGCCACUCCCCGGGGACGGAGACCUCCUCGUCCGGAACCGAUUUGUCGGUGUUAAUGCAUCUGACAUCAACUAUUCAGCUGGCCGGUAUGACCCUUCGGUGAAGACCCCCUUCGAUGUAGGUUUCGAGGGCGUGGGGGAGGUGGUAGCCUUAGGCCUCUCUGCCAGUGCCCGGUACACGGUGGGCCAGGCUGUGGCUUAUAUGGCACCUGGCUCUUUCGCGGAGUAUACCGUGGUGCCUGCCACAGCCGCGGCCCCCGUGGCCUCUGUGAAACCCGAGUAUGUCACCGUGCCGGUGAGCGGUACCACCGCGUACAUCAGCCUGAAAGAGCUCGGAGGACUGUCCGAAGGGAAAAAAGUUUUGGUGACGGCAGCAGCGGGGGGAACGGGCCAGUUUGCCGUGCAGCUUGCCAAGAAGGCCAAGUGCCAUGUCAUUGGGACCUGCUCCUCUGAUCAAAAGUCCGCUUUUCUGAAAUCGAUCGGCUGUGAUCGCCCCAUCAACUAUAACGCCGAGCACGUCGGUACGGUCCUGAAGCAGGAGUACCCCAAAGGGGUCGAUGUGGUGUAUGAAUCCGUCGGGGGAGCCAUGUUCGACUUGGCCGUAGAUGCCUUGGCUACCAAAGGGCGCUUGAUAGUCAUUGGGUUCAUCUCCGGCUACCAGACUCCCACCGGCCUUGCGCCUGUGAGAGCAGGAACCUUACCAGCCAAACUGCUGAAGAAAUCCGCCAGCGUUCAGGGCUUUUUCUUGAACCAUUACCGUUCUGACUGUCAAGCAGCCGUGGAGCACUUGCUUCAGAUGUGUGUGGACGGAGACCUGGUUUGCGAGGUGGACCUCGGAGACCUGUCUGCAGAGGGCAGGUUCAUCGGCCUGGAGUCCGUAUUCCGGGCUGUCGAUUAUAUGUACAUGGGAAAAAACACUGGGAAAAUUGUACUCGAACUACCUCACUCUGUCAACAGUAAGCUGUAAACUCAGAAGGAUGGCAGAAGUCAAAGGAGAAAGAAAACGGGCACCUUCUUCCUCAGAAAGAGUCGAAUCAGUUUAUUUUUGGUGGGUAAUGGAGAUCAUAUCUCUUAAAAGGUGUUAACGAAUGAGUUUCUGUCUCUCUAUCUCUCUCUUUUUCUUUUUUGCCCCUCCCUUGAAAAAAAAUGCCAAUAAAAACUUCCCUCGAUGGCUCAGAGGUAAAA